UCUCAGCAGUUUUGGUAACUACUUUAACGAAACAACUGAUUAAUAGCAUUCCAAUAGUGUAUGCAAAUAAAUUUUGAAUUCUGGUCCACUCCAGCUAGUCGCUCAUAGAUACAAAAGAACUAGGUUCUAUCCUCAGUUAGAUUGAUAGCUUCAUUUACGUUGAUAGAGUCCCUAAAGAGAGAGUGCAAAACUCUACUGAAUCGAACAACACUUUUGCUUUGGGACGAUUUUCGACUAAAAUUGAAGACCGAUAAUCUCGAGUCGAAUAUUUACAUAACAACGAAUGUGGAUAUCCAAACAACAAAAAUAAUCUCUAUUUUGGAUUAAAUUCGAAAUAGAAUCAUCAAUCAUCGACUUACAUUUGGAAACAUUCUGUUCGGACUCCGCAGACGCCUUGUAAGGGACCUUAGUGUGUUGUGAUCGUUUUUCAUUUUGCGCGCAUUACAUCUCAGUUUCUGAUAAGAACUUCUAAGUCUUGAAAAUAUGUGUUAGCAUUUGAUUGUAAUAUGAACUGCUCUUCACUAGUCUAACUUAGCGAUAUAAACGUAUAGACUUAAACUCAGAAAACAGUAGCUGAGAGUAGCUGAUAAACAGUAGACCGUGACCAGUUUGAAUAUCAAAACGGCGAAGAUAUGUUCCCGAAGAGACUCAAAUCCUCAUUUCCGUUAGGCAGAUUGAUGGCCAUCAUUUGCAUUGCCGUUUCCCGUGUUGGCCAACUUUCGCAAGCAGUUGAAGUGCCAUCAAAUUGCGUCCAGCACACGGACAUCACCGGAACGUUCGAUCGGUACUAUGAAUUGGAUCAGAUCGGCAACCAGCGCUCGACGGAGGUUCUGGUUGAUUUCUAUAUGUUCAUUGAGGUGCAGAACUUUCAGGAAGAAAUUGCCAUACUCUUUUCCAGUCAGGAUAGGUCGAACGAAUAUCCGGAUUUCGCACGCACCUAUGAGAUACGGGUGACCAAUGUUUAUACGGUUAUUUAUCGCGAGACACUGAAGAUGCAAGCCUACCAUGCACCGAAAACCGUGCGUGCCGAUGAUUGCUCGAGAAAAGAAGCAGAAAAUCGCUGUGGAUGUGGCGAAUCACCUCCAUCCUGCAUUGAACCCAAAUUGUUUCCGGAAGAUCGAUUCAAGAUUCAUUUCAAAAUUCUACGCGAAGGUAACAUCACUAUCACGAUUGAUGAUAACGUGAAAAAGCCCCUGCUAAACGUUUAUGACGAUCGCGGUACGUUAGAUGUGCGGUACAUCAGUUUCGCGUCGCGUUACAAUGCCUACCCGAUAACAUUCCACUUCGGGUGCGUUCCGGCGAUGCCGAGUACGGAAGGACCAGCAGCGGAAGCCUUGUAUGAAAGACCAUUAGCGGAAGCCUUGCAUGAAUGUCCCGUGUGCCCCAAGCAGAAGUGUGAAGUUAUUGUAAAAGCUUGCACGGAUAGCAGCAAGGAUGCGGCCGAAGACGAUCCGGAAAAGCAGAAGUACUACUUCUAUUUUAACAUGUACUUGAGCAAGAAUCGCAAGGGCUUGGAUGCUACGCAGACUAAUCUAUUGAACCAAAUACCGACUUGAUGGAAGGUUUUGAAUAGAUUUGGAAGAAAUCUCAAAUGAUCCAAUAAAUGUUUCGGUUUGAUCUGUU